AUGGAUCUCGACGAUCGGCCAAAGUUGUCCGCAGAGGCAGAACGAGAAGUGACGCGGCUCUGGAGAACAUGGCGAACCGUGCUGGAGAUGCUGGUGGAUCGAGGCUACGCCAUCUCCGACAGUGAAAUGACCAUCUCUCGAGAUGACUUUCAACGCAAGUUCGGCGAUCCCCAGACCGGCCAUGCAGAGCGACGGCUCAUGAAACUACAAGCCUACCCGACUGAAGAAAUGAUCAAACGCGAUACGCCUCGACCGACAAAAGUCAAACCCAAUCCACAAACCACCGCAGGCACAAUCUGGGUGGAAUUCAGCCCCGAGACCACAAUCGGCAUCAAGCACCUGCGGGCAUUUGCCCAACAUCUCGACGCCAACAAGAUGACCACUGGAAUCUUCAUCACCAUAGGCCCUGUCACAGCCGCUGCUCUGCGCGCGUUUGAGCCGCUGGCCGAGCGAGAAAUCACCGCCGAGCAUUUCCAAGAACAGGACCUUCUGAUCAACAUCACGCGGCACGAGCUUGUUCCCAAGCAUGUCUUGCUCAGCGCGGAAGAGAAGAAGGUCUUGCUUGACAGAUACCGAUUAAAAGAGACUCAGCUCCCGCGCAUCCAGUUCGGUGAUCCGGUGGCCAGGUACCUGGGGCUCAAGAGAGGAAAUGUGGUCAAGAUCAUUCGCAAGAGUGAGACGGCCGGUCGCUAUGCCAGCUAUCGAUGGGUUUUCUGA